CUGCCGCCAUGGGGCAGGAUUAUUACGCUGUGCUGGAGCUGGGCCGCGGGGCCAAGGAUGCCGACAUCAAGAAGGCCUACAGGAAGCUGUCCCUGAAGUAUCACCCCCUAAAAUGCAAGGAGCCUUGGGCACCCAAGAAGUUCAAGCAGCUGGCAGAGGCCUACGAUGUGCUCAGCGACCCCAUGAAGAAAGGCAUUUAUGACAAGUUUGGAGAAGAAGGCCUCAAAGGUGGCAUCCCCUUGGAGUUUGGUGCUGAGAACCCCUGGAGCACGGGUUAUGUCUUCCACAACAAGCCUGAGAAAGUCUUCAGGGAGUUCUUUGGGGGAGACAACCCCUUUGCAGAAUUCUUUGCUGAGGAUGGCUCAGAGCUGGUUGUGCCCUUUGGGGGGCUGCAGGGACGAGGGGCAAUGAAGCAAGACCCCCCCAUUGUGAGGAACCUCUACCUCUCCCUUGAAGAUCUCUUCUAUGGCUGCACCAAGAAGAUGAAAAUCUCCCACAGGGUGCUGAACGAGGAUGGGCUGACCAGCACCAUCAGAGAUAAGAUCCUCACCAUUGAUGUGCAGCCAGGCUGGAAGCAGGGCACCAGCGUCACCUUUGAGAAGGAAGGGGAUCAGGGCCCAAAUGUCAUCCCAGCUGACAUCACCUUUGUUGUCCAAGAGAAACCUCACCCAAGGUUUAGAAGGGUCAAUGAUGACCUCAUUUACAUCUCCACCAUCCCCCUGGGCAAGGCCCUGGUGGGCUGCUCAGUGGCUGUGAGGACACUGGAUGGGAGGCUGCUCAACAUCCCCAUCAAUGACAUCGUGGACCCCCAGUACUGCAAAGUGGUGCCAGGGGAGGGGAUGCCACUGGCCCAGGACCCCCGGAGCAAGGGGAACCUCCUGAUCUAUUUCAACAUCUGCUUCCCCAAGAAGCUGACACCAGAGAAGAAAAUUCUCUUGAGAAAUGCCCUCCUGUCCUAGCAAAUGCCAACCCUGCUGCUCUCCUCCUACCAAUAAUAAAGUUUGGAGGUGACCACAUGCAGGGUGCUGAGGAAAAACCAAAAUUAGGGAAAAAAAAAACACCUCAGAGGAUUUACCCAGAGCCUCACCACAGCUUUCUCCUGGCUGGGGAGGUGCCAUCCCCUUUGGCACCAACCAAGGAGGUGGUGAUGGCAACACCAGGGACCUCCUGCUGGUGGCCAGCAGGUCCUGUUUGAGCUGCCUGGCACCCCAGGCUUGGGAGAAAGCCCCUAAAAACCCCCAAAAAGCUGACCCUGAGGCAUCAGACCCCACAGGGGCCAUUUAUUGGAAGUGUCAGGAAGGAAUGACAGGAAUCACCAAUCCCCCAGCCCUCAACUCAGCCCCCACCUUCCCUCCUUCUCCUCCCCCCUUUUCCUGGGAAGCAAUGCUCUUCCCAACUGGAAAAAAACCACCUUAAAACCCACUUUUUUUUUUUCCCUCCUCCCAGAACUCUUCUCUGGAACCUUCCCUUCUCCCACGUUGCUCUCCAGACGCCGUCGUUUCUCUCCUUCCAUCUCGCUGCUGAUCCCUCUUUUUUUGGGGGAGGGGGAGGAGAAGGGGGGUUCC